AUGACGGAAGACACGGCGACGCAAGCAACAAGAAAGACGAAGAAGCAGUUUAUGAGAGAGGGGGACGCUCAACCAGCAACGACUCAAUCAACCUUAACAGACACAAUUGAAGAUCCAAGCGGAACCGGACCAUCGACCGAAAGCAAGCACUUAAGUAAUGAUGCACCAGCUGUCAUAGACCUCUCCCAAGUCGAAGGGAGAGAAGUCCAGAGGAAAGAUGCAUCAAAGGAGAUCGAUCGCGAAGACGAUGACAUCGAAGGACAGCUCACUAAGAACAGCAGACAAAUGCCUGACACCUUAUCUGCCUACCGCAAUCUCCUCUCGACAACGGAUGACCCAGGACCGUUGCUGGUAGUAAAUCAAGCACUACCUAACCAGGAGAAGCCCAAGGCGGCGUUAUCAGACAAGGAGAUCCUGUGGAAUCGGAUCUGCGAUGCAAAGUCCGCGAACGAUGAGCCGAACGCGGAGUUUCUACUCAGGAUCUACCUAGCGCUACCCAAAGAUGGACCAUCAAACACACCUUUGGACGUACUCAUCGCACCGACAGGGAUACAUCGCUCAAACUCUGCCACAGCUGCAUUACCGACGCAAAAGCACCCAGAUAAAAAUAUUAAUUUUUUCAGAGGAUCGGUCCCUAACCAUUGCGACAUAGGUUUCACUCCGUUCUUCGAUAAGAACAUCCGCGAAUUUAGAGGCCCUUUACCUCUCACCAUCUUCGACAAAGAAUGGCAAGAAGAAGCAGUCUCUUUCCACUCUGGCAAGAGGUCGAAAACCGACGAGAAGGAUGGUAUCUAUACAGGCUAUGAAUAUCCGAACGAAUGGACGCAAUCGUUCAGCGCAUGGACCAACAACUUCAGAAGUUUCCUCAUCACCUACAGAGACAUCUACAAAAUCCCAGAGUUUGCAGAUUGGAUCGUCGAACACAAAGCAAAUGUGGACGAAAUCAUUGCGGCAGAUGGUUUCCUAACAGGCUUCAGAUACGACAUGAUUGUCAGGGCGAACGCUUUUGCUUAUCGGGUCGAGACAGAAAAGGGAGCGUCGGUCGUAGACAUAUCAGUAAUGAGGAAAGAAGUACGAGAAAAGGCCUGGGCAAUCACGAGGAAGCUAGACGAACUUGACUUCUCGGAUAACCCUUAUGCCUAUGGGGGCAUUAAAUUUGGUUUCGACCCAAAAACCGGAAGACCGAAACUUGCAAAAGGUCAUAAGUCAGCCUCCGACAUUAUCAACCACGUACCAGCCGGCCCGUCUGAAAAAACCGGAUUCAGGGGCAAUACUUCAAGAAACCGAGGUGGCUACAGAGGGAGAAACCUCGGCCCAACGAUCAAAGCGACCAAUACUUCAACAACAGACGAGAAGCGAGGCAUUUCCGAGAAGAUGAUAACAGAUCAUGGGGGCAAAGGAGCAGCUACGGAAACAACCGAUAUAACCCCAACAACAACAACCAAACUGAUGAACGUCAACCCAACAAUUUCAGAGAAAUGGCGUGAAGCUCUGCACUUGAACCACCUCUUGCCAGAAUAUCAGGACGUCAUAGACGGUUUCACACAUGGUUUUGACCAAGGUAUACCGCAGCAUAGAAUUGAAGGAAAACGGUGGUUCACGCCUGAGAACCAUAAAUCUUCCCUCCUCGCAAAAGAUAAGAUUCAGGAGUCGAUUGCGAAAGAGUUAGCGGCCGGAAGAAUGAUAGGGCCAUUUUCCCAUCAGCAAAUGGAAGCCACAUUUGGUUUCUUUAGGUCAAAUCCUUUGGGUGCCGUAGUUAACGGUGAUGGGAAGAUCAGACCUAUUAACGACCUAUCCUAUCCCAAAAAUGAUAUAGAAGUAAAAUCAGUGAACUCUUACGUUAAUAAACUUGAUUUCGAAACAACGUGGGAUGAUUUCAAGACGGUGUCAAAAUUCUUCGCAGAAGACAAAAGGUCAUUCGAACUGGCACUUUUUGACUGGGAAGGGGCGUACCGACAAAUACCGACGAAACAAGACCAAUGGAAGUACCUUCUGGUGCAAGAUUUCGACGGCAACCUAUUGAUAGAUACACGAAUCACCUUUGGGGGCGUUGCAGGUUGCGGAUCUUUUGGUCGUCCAGCCGACGCGUGGAAACUCAUAAUGAAAAGUCACUUCAACUUGAUCACCAUUUUCCGAUGGGUAGACGACAAUCUCUUUAUUAAAGAAGUUGGCGCUGAUUUAUCGAUGAAAGACGUAGUAUUAAAAUCAACCGAGCUUGGAGUGAUGACAAACGUCAAGAAGUUCUCAGAUUUCUCGCCAGAACAAAAAUUCAUAGGCUUUGUAUGGAAUGGUGUAUCUAAGACAGUGAGACUGCCAGAGGGUAAAAUCGAGAAAAGACUGAAUCAGAUAUACCCCUUCCAAGUCGCAAAAGCUACUUUCGAUUACGAAGAAGUCGAAAUUCUCGUAGGACGUCUUAACCACGUGACAUACAUCUUACCACACUUAAGAUGUAACUUAUGUUCCUUAUAUCGCUGGCUAAAAUCUUGGUUCUGGCGGAAAGCAAAAAGGGCGACUCCGGUGGACGUCCUCGAAGACCUUCAAAUUUGGGUAGAAACCUUGAACAAUUUUGAACACACACGUCUAAUUAGAUGGGGACCACCUUUAGACGUCGGUUGGGUUGGGGACGCCUCCACCUCUUUUGGUAUCGGAAUACUAGUGGGAAGGCAUUGGGCUCAAUUCAAGCUCAUAGACCCACUGUCUAAUAAGAAACGAAUCUCCCUGCUAGAAACAGUGGCAAUAAGACUCGGUCUAAUCAUGCUAUUGAAGCUUCGCGAUCAACGUGGUAAAUCACUCAUAGUUUGGACGGACAACACGACUACCGAAAACAGCAUCAACAACAUGAAAACAAAAGACAGGGAAGCAAAUGACGAAUGGAAGAAAAUACAGGCCAUCCUUUUACGUGAAUCGGUAAACUUAAUAGCAAGAAGGGUCGCAUCAAAAGAUAACAAGGCAGACGCCCUGUCGCGAGGGAUACGGUCAGGCCAGUCUGUAAAGUACCAGCCAGUCCUAUUUUUAACUUCACCAAAUCUCAUUACUUCCACUAUCAUGAAUUCCUCCUCAAAUGAAGCAUUUUUCUCCUCCAUAAAAGACUUCACAUCUCGGGGCCAUAUUUUGAAGAACCCAACUAAGCUUGAUCAGCAUGUUUUGAACGGCUGGUCGAGGUCGACCCUUAAAAGCUACAACUCCGCUGUUCGGAAAUUCCUGGCGUUUAAAAGGUCCCAAGGCCAUCCAAUUUUUCUCUUACCAGCCACCGAGGAAGACAUCUAUAACUUCUGCUACUGGGCAGGGAAGAAAGACAUAGACGGUGGCGAAAGCGGGGUACUUGCGGUAACACUGAAAAAAUACCUGCAGGGUUUAAAAGCCUGGCAUAUUUUCCACGACUCGCCUUACCCGAUAAUCUCUGAGAAGAAAGCGGCCCUAUUGCUCAAGUCAUCGUUAAAGGUAGAGGCGUCAACGCCGAGGAAAGAGCCAAAGAAUCCAGUGCUAAUUAGACACAUGGUUUGUCUAGCGAACGAUCUAUCGUCAGGCGAUUUAGAGGAUGCCGCAAUCCUCGACCUGGCGUUGGUAGCUUUUUGGGGCCUAGCCCGGCUAGGCGAGUUGACAACGGACCAGACAAGUCCACAACGUAAAAUUCUCCCGAGCUACGUCUCCAUACAUCCGACGGGUUCCUCCGCGACAGUGGAGCUCAAGGAAUCCAAGACAGCCCUGCCGGGCGAAUCUCAGUUCCUCCAAUUGAAAGGGAUGCUAAACAUACUCUGCCCGGUGCGAGCCCUGACUCGCCGUCUGGCAACCUGUGGAAGGAAUGAUCAUGUUUUCAGCUAUCGGAAAGACGGCUGUCACGUAACUUUAUCGAAAUAUUUUGUCAAGAAGCGACUCACGGAGAUUUGGACCGCGCAUAGUUUCCACGGCCUUUCAGGCCACUCAUUCAGAGUAGGAGGAGCGUCUUUCCAGAACGCUCUGGGUAUUCCCUCGGCUCAAAUUUGCAGGGCGGGGCGCUGGGCCUCGGCCAGCUACAAGUUGUACAUUAGGCUAUACUCAGAGGAAGAUUUAACUGAGUCCUUGCAGCUGUUAUCAAGACUAGAUUUGCAAUGGAGGUUGUCAUGA